CGGCAGGUGGCACUGGCUGGAGGCCUGAGGGACUGUCAGAGGAGAAUACAUAAGAACAACCCUACAUUUUGGCCACCACAUCCACUGAGCCAGCUGUCGCCUUGCACCUGCUCUGCACCAAGCCUCAAGCUGCUGAGCAGAGCUAUGAGAGCCCAGUCCUGCAACUGGGGCCGGUAGCCCCCACAGGCUUUGGUGUGUGACUCUAUCUGUGCUUUGGCCCUGUGGAGACCAGUGCGACCCAGGCGGCCACCAUGUCACAGCUCCUGGUGGCUAAGGUCCUCUGCAUGGUGGGUGUGUUCUUCUUCAUGCUGCUGGGCUCUCUGCUGCCUGUGAAGGUCAUCGAGGCCGACUUCGAGAAGGCACACCGCUCCAAGAAGGUCCUCUCCCUCUGUAACACCUUUGGGGGUGGCGUCUUCCUGGCUACAUGCUUUAAUGCACUGCUGCCUGCAGUGAGGGACAAGCUGCAGCAGGUACUGAGCCUGGGCCACAUCAGCACUGACUACCCGCUGGCCGAGACCCUCAUGAUGGUGGGGUUCUUCCUCACUGUGUUCGUGGAGCAGCUGGUGCUGACCUUCCGCCGGGAGCGGCCUCCCUUUAUAGACCUGGAGACCUUCAAUGCUGGCUCAGACGCCGGCAGCGACUCGGAGUACGAGAGCCCAUUUGUGGGUGUGGGCGGCCGUAACCACGGCCUGUACCCCGAGCCCACUGCACACAGCCAUGGCACAGGGCUGCGGCUGCGGGAGCUGGGCCGCCCUGGGCCGCUGCGGCUGCUCAGCCUGGUCUUCGCGCUGUCUGCACACUCGGUGUUUGAGGGCCUGGCGCUGGGGCUGCAGGAGGAGGGUGAGCGUGUGGUCAGCCUGUUCGUUGGUGUGGCGGUCCAUGAGACGCUGGUGGCUGUGGCCCUGGGCAUCAGCAUGGCCCGAAGUGCAGUACCCCUGAGGGACGCGGCCAAGUUGGCGGUGACCGUGAGCGCCAUGAUCCCGGUGGGCAUUGGGCUGGGCCUGGGCAUCGAGAGUGCCCGCAGCGUGGCCAGCAGCGUGGCAUCGGCGCUGCUGCAGGGCUUGGCUGGAGGCACCUUCCUGUUCGUCACCUUCCUGGAGAUCCUGGCCAAGGAACUGGAGGAGAGGAGCGAGCAGCUGCUGAAGGUGCUGUUCCUGGUGCUGGGCUACGCAGUUCUGGCCGGCAUGGUCUUUCUCAAGUGGUGAGCCCUGAAUCCCCAAAGGACACAGAGCGCGUCCCUCACCAGCCAUGCUCAAGGGCGGCGGUUCACACACAGGGGCCUCCUGGGCUGUCACCGUCCUCCAGAACCUGGCUCUACAGACAUUGCUUUUAAAAACGUCUUAAAGUUCUUUACCAAAGCC